UCUGAACACUAAUUGGGCUAGAUACAAGUGACGCAUACGCUUAUUUGGAUGAGGUGUUAGAUAUGUUUUUGAUACCAUGGCUUAAGAUAGUGUUGUCUCGAAGUAAUUUUAUAAUAUGACAGAACAAAUAAAUGUAUUUGAAACAUUAUAUUAGUGCAUAGUUGUAUCUUUGUAAUAAAUAGGCUGGUUACAAACCGAACAAUAGCACGAACUUGCUCUCAAACGCAGAAGUCAAGAUCCUUCAAAAUGAGAGGCUAUAUUCUCAUCACAAUCGUGGCGGUCACCUUUCUCCAAAGAUCCACAGCUUCUUUGGAGGUAAACGGUCCAUCUGAGCCCAUUCUGGAAGGACAGGAUGUGACAUUGGAGUGUUUGGAUACAGAAUCCGAGUUGAACAUGAGCACAGUGCACUUUGAGAGGUACUCCAAGUACAUGAAUAAGUGGUUUCGGCUAGAGUCAGAUCAGGCUUAUUUCUACCGCCGGUGUUUUCUGUAUGACGUGGAUGUGAGAAGGGAGGAAGGCAGACUACUCCUCUUCAUCGCCAGCAUCCAGUCCUGGUCUGAGGGUCCAUACCGCUGCGUCUCUGAGAACAGUUCUGCAGCAGACAACUCCUCCCAACCCUUCACCAUCCCCAUACACUAUAUGCGGGAGGUGGCUGUGCACAGGGCUGGUUUGGGAUACUUAACACGUUAUUUCAACUCGGUGCAGGACCUCAAAGUACGAUUAGGAGAUAAUGUGGAGCUGGAAUGUUCUACUUCAGCUUCUGAGGCACCGGAGUACUUCUGGGCUAAAGAGGGAGAGGACUGGCUUUUGCCUUCCAAUAAGCUGAAGUUGGAGAAUGUGAGGGAACAGGAUGGAGGGAGAUUCACCUGUUCGGCUCAGUCUCCUACUGUGCAUUCCCUCAUGAAGAAACGUACAAUCAGCAUCACUGUUCUACCAGAGGAUGCAGCAUGGUAUGAGACAACCACCGGUCGCAUUAUUCUCAUGGUAUCUGGAGCAGGAUUUGUCCUUCUGGUGAUUGUGAUAUCCAUGACCGCUUACCUCUGCCGCCGAGCCAAACAGAGGAAGAGUAAUGGACCCAUUGAUGACCGCUCCCAGAAGAAGCCCAUCUACAGAGCCAGCGUGGAGUCCCUGCCCUCCACCGCUUCUGACAAGCAGCCGCUGGUGUAAAGAGUGAGACUGAUGCAGGACUGGAGAGGAGAGUAGAGAAAAGAAGACAAGAGAAAAAAAAGAUUAGGGAGUAUUGGGUAUUCUCAUUGGAAGAGUGUUAAUGAGAGAUUUGCCCAUAGAUUUUGUUAUGCUCUUGGAUCUUUAUUCAGAUAUAUAAUUAUGCGAUGAAUCGAAAAAGUAUACAAAGAUGGGACAAAUGAUGGCUUUACCAUGGGUCCUUUCCAGUGUGGAUGGCAGCAGUGCUUUUCAACAAAAGAUGUGCAGUUUUCUCUGUAUUGAUUCAACAACCCUGCAAAAUUGAGAAAUGCUGAAAAGAUGUUUUUGUGAGGUGACAUUGAACGCCUCUUUCUUCCCACCAGUCUUGGGUUGGCUCAUUUCUUCAAACUGAUUAACAUUUCUUUUUAGGAAAACUACUGUCUGCCAGCUGUACAAUCAUUUAGUCAGAUGUAGAAAUUUUAGGGGUAUUGCUUUACAUAAGUAUAUAAUGUUCUGCUUCACUUGAAAGGACAGUAGAUAAGAUCCAAACUAACACUGAACCAAUUACUCUAGAAGCACUUUGAAAUUAUUGCACUUUUUUUUUUUUUACACAAGUUUGAUCUUUGAAUUUAAAACUAUUAAAAUAAUUU